GGGGCUGCUGAGCGGUGCAUGGCUGAGUCGUGGAGCUGCACAACGAUUUGAAAAGCUGAAAGUCAGCCAACAUGGGUCGGCGCUCAUCUGAAAGCGAGGAUGACGGUCGGAGCAGGAAGAAGAAGAAACAGCGUCGCCGGUCAUCCUCCUCUUCGUCCUCUUCGUCUUCAUCCUCCAACAGCAAGGUGGCCAGCGGCCGGAGUCGGAGGCCCGCUCGCCGGAGCCGGUCCAGAGACAAGGACAAGGACAAAGACAGGAGCAGGAGAAGGAGGCGCUCCAGCAGCAGCUCCUCCCACAGUCCGGCUCGCAGGAGGCGGAGCCGCAGCGCGGAGAGAGACAAGGGGAGGAGCCACCGCUCGCACAGGUCACGCAGCCGAGAAAGAAGGUCUCAUUCUCGCCACCGGCGGUCUCGCAGUAAGAGCGGCAGCCGCGGCCGCCGGGGCGCCCAGAGCCGCAAAAGAAGCGGCAGCCGCCGCCGGAGCCGGAGCCACAGCCGAGACCGCGACCGGCGCAAGGGCCGCAACCGGGAGAGGGAGAAGGAGAAGGACAAAGGAAGAGACCGAGACCGAGACAAGGAGAGAGAGGACAAGAGUAAGGACAAGGCACUCAAAAAGGAGGAGGCGGCGAACAUCAAAGCCAGAUUAGAACAUCUGACUCCAGUAGAGCAGGCGAAGGUCCGGAUGCACAUGGCGCUGCAGGCUGCAGCGAAGACGGACGAGGUGCUGAAGGCCAAAGUAGCCAAGAGGGAGGAGGAGGCCCGGAAGGCACUAGAGGAAGAGGGAACUUCUCUGGAGGAGCAAGUGCGAAGGAUAAAGGACAUCGAGGCCAUCGAGAGUGAUUCCUUUGUUCCUCAGGCUUUCAAAUCAACCCGGGACGACAUAAAGACCGAGGAGCCGGCCGAGGUGAAGCAGGAGUCGGAGGUCGCGGAUCCUCAGGACGUCGUUCUCCCCGUGUCCAUCGUCUACAGCGACAGCGACUCGCUCGCCCAUCCCAGUUUGUUCAUGGACAAGGAGAGAGCCGAGGAGCUGUGGCACAACAGGCUGAUAUUGCUGCGGCAGGAGAGGCUCAUGGGAAGUCCUGUGACCAUGUGACCUGAUGGACACCAGGAGAGCCGCCAUGUUUUUUUGCCUCAAUCUGACAUCACAAUGUUUAUUAUCUAACCCUUCCAUUAAUUUCUCCUCCUUUUGUAAAAUAAAUAAAUAAUUCUAGUCCCGAUGGUGCUUAUUAUUUGUAUUAAUGUAAUUCAAUUAACACAAAUUUGCUGUUCUUAAUCUGACUUCCCUUAUUUUUAAUGAUGGAAAGAUCUCAGUCAGAUAUGGUGUUGUGUUUUACCGUUUAGAUGUAGCAUUUGAUACAUU